GUCCUCACCUUCGCUGACUGCUGCAGCAGCCUAGAUGCCGCCAGAGAGUGUUUCAGAGGUGUGAACGGCUGGUUCAACUAUGACUUCUGCUGCCUGGAGCCUGCGCCAGAGCACGAGAACUGCGACUGGAACUUCUUGCUGUCGCGAGUGGGUGAGGAUGUCCAGCCCUUGGAAAACUACCCGGUGAUUCUCAGGGAGGUCUGCUGCAUUUAUCCUCAUCCGGGCUGCUGGGGCGACGCUGAGGAUGAUGUACUGGCACCCAUGUUUACCGAGUGCUGCUUCCCUGGUCUCCGCCGGAGGCUCCUGUAUCCACAGGAGGAUGAUGUCACAUGGCUUGAGGGUGACCUCGAUGAGGAGUUCGAAGCACUGGAGGGACUCCGAUGGUCCGAGGCAGACUUUGACGCUUUCGAGGAGGAGCUGCAGCGGUACCGCGAUGCUAAGCCAGGAGAGCUGGGGCUCCUGCCCUGCCGAGUCCGAGUCCGCAAUGGCAAGCUGAUUCCUUGCAACUACUCGCAGUGCCAGACGACAGUGGAUCCCAACAACGACUGCGCCUACGUCCGAGCCGUGGAAGUGGCGCUGCGCAUCAUCGGCACACACCUUCCCCUGCCGGAUCUCGACAUGUUCGUCAGCCCGACCAACAACGACGCAGGCAUCUCCUCCGUGCCGGUCUUCACACGGAGUCGGCCUCGGUCGCCGCGGGGGAAGUACAUUGCUCUGCCCUUUGAGUACCAGCUCCAUCCCUGGCAAAGCCGCAAGGCCACUGCUACUCUGGCGAAGGUGGCAUCGAAACACCCCUGGGAAAAGCGCCUGGAGAAGCUACUCUGGCGUGGCACGAACUCCAACCAUGUAGUGAACCACUGCUCCCUGAAGAAGGUGGCGGAAGGGAAUGCUCCAUGGAGCCUCUGUGUGGAGGGCUGGCGAGAGGCCCUCCUUGGAAUUGGUGAUGACGGCUUAAAAUGGCACACGUCCAGCUGGAAUUUCACAAAUUGGUACCAAACCCCAAGAGGUGUCCUGGUGUGGCUUUCACAGUACAUUGCUGCCGUGGAUGCUAAGUGGACCGGGAUUUCACGGAACAUGGAUCCUGGGCUCUGGGAGUAUUUUGAAGCUGAGAACAUGACUGCACCAUCGGUGAAGUUCGGGGAGCAGUUGGCAUACAAGUACGGAAUAAAUAUCGAAGGCACAGGCAUUGGUGAUCGCAUCUACUGGCAGAUGCUAGGUGGUCAGGUGGUGCUGAACCACGAGACGCCCCAAGUCUCCUGGCUGCUGGCGGAGCCUUCGGCGCCAACGCGGCGGGGCGCGCUCAAGCCCUACCAGCACUUCGUGCCACUGCGAUUCGACCUGGCGGAUCUUGUGGAUCGACUGGAGUGGAUGAAAAGGAACGACGAAAUUGCAAGAAGCAUCGCUGAAUCCUCACAGAUGUUUGCAGAGAGACAUCUUGGCUACGACUCCAUCCUUUUCUAUUUGGACCGUGUGAUUCGCCGCUAUGCCUCCGAUCACCUCAAGCACAAGGCCAUCGCCACGAAAGCGCAUAGCCGCGGCCACACAACAUUUCUGUGGCUCUCACUGACGUCGGUGGGCUUGUCUGCUCGCAUUGGUUCGGGAAGACAAAGGUUGGCUGCGACUGCUGCAGACGGCAAGUCAGACGAGGUGACUUUUCAGGUCUGCAUGGUCGGCUGCGGGCGCGCGCACGCUUGGCCUUUGGCCCUUCGUUUUUUUCAGGACAUGGCCAGCUUCAAUGCCAAGCAAACGACAGCAGGCUGCAACGCCGCCAUGGCUGCGUGUGAGAAAGGCCACGCCUGGGAGAUCGCCCUCCGGUUGCUUGAGUUCGAGGAUUUGGUGGACACUCCGAGCUACAACUCAGCCAUCAGCGCGUGUGGCAAGGGGAGACAAUGGAGAUGGGCGCUCGUCUUGGAGGGCGACAUGACGGAGAAGGAGCUGGUCCCUGACGCGAUCACCCAUAACUCGCUGAUGACUGCUUUGGAGCGGGGUGCGCAGUGGCAGCACGCUCUCCGGGAGAUCGCAGCAGCUCAGGUGCCGAGCAAUGUGGCUUACAAUGCUGCAAUCAGUUCCUGCGGUUCGAGCAUCAUGUGGCGGCACGCUUUGGGCCUCCUGCACGAGCUCCGCCAGCGAAAGGGCGCCGGCCUCGUCGCCUUCAACGCGGCAACGACGUCCUGCGCCAAGGGCCGGCAUGUCAGAGAGGCCCUGCAGCUCUUUGAUGAGAUUCAGGCGACGGACCUUCAGCCGGACAUCGUCAGCUUUGGCGCAGCGCUGACGGCGUGUGAGAAGGGUGGUCUGUGGGAAGAGGCCAUCUACAUCCUCGAGGUCCGGCUGCAGGCCGCAAAGGUGAAACCCAAUGUGGUGUUGCUGAACGCGGUUGCCAGCGCUUGCGAAAAAGGCCGCCACUGGCCUGGCGCGCUUUGGAUUCUGCACCAGGCAGCUUGUCGACACCGCCUUCGCCCCGACGGCACCACGAUCAAUGCAGCCAUGGCUGCCUGCCUUCGUGGCGACCAGUGGCCUCGAGCCUUGACCCUCUUCGCGGAAAUGCGUCGGCUCUCGCUGGCUUCCCUGACGUCGUACUCGGAGGGUCUUCUCAGUCUGCAGCAGGCAAGGCGCUGGGAGGAUGCACUGUUGCUGCUGGAUGAGAUGUUCAACGUCGACCUGAAGCCGGACUUGAAGGCUGUUGGGGCCGCCCUUGGCGCCUGUGCCCUGGCCGGGUCUUGGCAGCAGGCCUGUCGGCUGCUGUCGGAGUGCCGUGACCUCACCGGUUCUCCGGCGGACGCCGUGGCCCUGCUCUUGACCUUGGCCUCCCUGGAGCAG